AUGCACCAGAGCGGUCUGUCCAGCCCUGAGGGCGGCGCCGCCUACGGCCUGUCCUCCGGCCGCCACGGCUUCUCCAGCUACUCCGACGGCUUCAUGGGCCCCGCCGCGCCCGGGUUGAGCCUCCCGCUCUACGCUGAGAAGAAGCUCUCUGACGUUGGCUGUGGCGUGUGUCUGCAGGUCAUGAGCAUCCUGGCUAACCCCGGCAGCGUGUCCUCUCAGCCCCAGCACGACUUCUCCAUGUCGCCCCUCCAAACCACCAUGGACUCCUCCCCCUCCAACAGCAUCUCCACCAGCUGCAGCCAGCGGCCGGCCGAGGCCUCCAUAAAGCCGGUGGACAGUCUCCCCUCCUCGCAGCCGUACUGCCCGCCCACCUACAGCGCCAGCAGCUACGGAGUGGACCCGGCCGUGGCCGCCGCCGGAUACCAGUACAGCCAGUACGGCCAAAUUCCUCCCAGUGACCGCUGCCUGUGUCCUCCUCUCCCAGCUGCUGUGGACUACCUGGCUAAAAACGUCAGCCUGUCCGGCCAGCGCAGGAUGAAGCUGGCUGACCACUCGGCCGUCCUGGGACUGCUGCAGGUGGAGACCGGCCAGGCCUACUAG